GGCCCGCGCGGCCUGAGCGGCGGCACGAGCCCGGCGCGGCCCCGGCACGCCCGCCCCGCGCCUGCGCGGCCCCGCGCUCCCGCCGUGCCCCGCGCGCUCCCGCCGCCGCAGCCCCGGCACGGAGCGGAGCGGAGAUGGCGCUGCACGUCCCCAAGGCCCCGGGCUUCGCCCAGAUGCUCAAGGAGGGGGCGAAGCAUUAUUCAGGACUAGAAGAAGCUGUCUACAGAAACAUCCAGGCAUGCAAAGAGCUUGCUCAAACCACCCGUACAGCAUAUGGACCAAAUGGAAUGAACAAAAUGGUUAUCAAUCAUCUGGAAAAGCUUUUUGUUACAAAUGAUGCUGCUACUAUCCUGAGAGAGUUAGAGGUCCAGCAUCCUGCUGCGAAAAUGCUUGUGAUGGCUUCACACAUGCAAGAACAAGAGGUUGGAGAUGGAACAAAUUUUGUCCUUGUUUUUGCUGGAGUUCUUCUGGAGUUAGCAGAAGACCUUCUGAGGAUGGGGUUAUCUGUCUCAGAGGUGAUUGAAGGAUAUGAAAAAGCUUGCAAGAAAGCCCUGGAAAUUCUUCCGGAUUUGGUGUGCUGUUCUGCAAAGAACCUUCGAGAUGUUGAAGAAGUGGCAUCUUUGUUGUACACAUCAGUCAUGAGCAAACAAUAUGGCAAUGAACGGUUCUUGGCAAAGCUUAUUGCUCAGGCCUGUGUUUCUAUUCUUCCUGAUUCUGGUCAUUUCAAUGUUGAUAAUAUCAGAGUGUGCAAAAUUGUGGGUGCUGGUAUUUCUGCUUCCUCAGUACUGCAUGGCAUGGUUUUUAAAAAAGAAACUGAAGGAGAUGUCACUUCUGUCAAAGAUGCAAAAAUAGCUGUGUAUUCCUGCCCUUUUGAUGGUAUGAUAACUGAAACUAAGGGCACUGUCCUAAUAAAGAAUGCUGAAGAACUGAUGAAUUUCAGUAAAGGAGAAGAAAAUCUAAUGGAUUUGCAAGUCAAGGCUAUUGCUGAUAGUGGUGCAAACGUAGUAGUAACAGGUGGCAAAGUGGCAGAUAUGGCUCUUCAUUAUGCCAACAAGUACAAUCUUAUGUUAGUAAGGUUGAACUCUAAGUGGGACCUGAGAAGACUGUGCAAAACUGUUGGUGCAACAGCCCUACCCAGACUGACUCCUCCUACUCUUGAAGAAAUGGGUCACUGCAAUAGUGUGUAUUUAUCAGAGGUUGGGGAUACACAGGUUGUGGUGUUUAAGCAUGAAAAGGAGGAUGGAGCCAUUUCUACUAUCCUCAUUCGUGGAUCUACAGACAAUUUGAUGGAUGACAUAGAGAGAGCCGUGGAUGAUGGUGUCAAUACUUUCAAAGUACUCACAAGGGAUAAACGUCUUGUUCCCGGAGGCGGUGCAACAGAGAUUGAAUUAGCCAAGCAGAUCACAUCUUAUGGAGAGACUUGUCCUGGGCUUGACCAAUAUGCCAUUAAGAAGUUUGCUGAGGCAUUUGAAGCCAUUCCUCGAGCAUUGGCAGAAAACUCUGGAGUAAAGGCUAAUGAGGUCAUCUCCAAACUUUAUGCCCUGCAUCAGGAAGGGAAGAAGAAUGUUGGAUUUGAUAUUGAGGCCGAAGCUGCUGCAGUGAAGGACAUGCUGGAAGCUGGUGUGUUAGACACGUAUCUUGGAAAAUUCUGGGGUAUCAAGCUAGCUACAAAUGCAGCAGUAACUGUCCUAAGGGUCGAUCAGAUUAUUAUGGCAAAAACAGCAGGCGGUCCAAAAGCCCCUAAGCAACAAGGACAUUGGGAUAAGGAUGACUGGAAAGAUGAACCUGAAAACUAGAGUGCAGUAAGCUGUUUCUCUAGCAGAGAGAUCAUUAUGGCAAAACCAGCUGGUGGCCCAAAACCUCCAUCAGGAAAGAAAGACUGGGAUGAAGACCAAAAUGAUUGAACAAUUUAACUGUAUUUCUUAAGUGACAUGACUUUGUGAGUUUUUUAAUAUCCCAGUUGGAGCCCGUCACAGUGUUUUGCUCUUGCCUUUAAAUUAUGAACAGUGUCCAAUGGAGUGCAGAACUUCAAACACCUCAAUAAACGUACUCACUGUUAAAA